GUCGGAAUCGCGAGCGACCUGUCCUCUUCCCCUCGUUCCCAUCGCAGGCGCUCGAUCCAAAGCCCCCCCUUCCCUCCUCUCUCUGUCAUCCACCCACUCACCUACCCCGACCCAGUGGCCCGCGGGCCACCCCACUCCACCCUCGCGGCGCGGCGACCCCGCGCACCCGUCUCACCGCCAUCACGCUCGUUCACGCUCCGUCAGUCUGUCGGCAACCUGCGUACCAGUCGUGUCGCAGCGCUCACGUAACAAAAUUCUUAUUAUUAUUACUAUCACUCUCUUUACUUGCCUUGACACUUGGCCGGUGGUGUGUUCAUUCUCGUUUCGAUUGUAUACAUUGCGCGUUUUUCAUUUUCGAAUCGCCCCCUUCGAAUUACGUCCUUACGCGUUCCGGAGCUCUCGCGCUCUCGUCGAAGAAAUCGUCAUUGCCGCUGCCGCACGCGUUCACGCUCGCGCAUAAAAUUCGCCACGAUUCGCGGUCGUAUCGCACGGAACGCAUCGAUAAAGUGAUAGAGAGACAGAAGGCCGCAACGAGAGAGAGAGGGAGAGAGGAGUACACAUACGAGCACGUCAAAUACGAACCCGUCGUCUGCGAACCUUACCCGAUCGCUACUACGAUCAAGCGUCACUGGUUUUCCGGAGCGUUGCUGCGUGCGAGCCACCCGGUGCGUGGCAAGUCGUACGCCUCGCGCAACCUCGUCGUCGUCGUCAUCGUCGCCGUCGUCGUCGUCCUCGUCGUGGCGUGUAAGUGCACGAGCGUGUUCACGGAGCAACCUUAGAAUUCGUCCAACCGGAACGUCAUCGCACGCUCGUUGCAUCCGGUGCAUGGGUUACCACCGCUGCUCAUCGAUAGAUGAAACAUCCGGUUUACAGGAGGAAUAUCGCCGACGUGGCCGAUCGCGUUCACCGGGUGCUGCCCUGCUCCUCCUUCGUGGCGGACACGCUGCUGGUGUAUCGAUUGCUCUAAAAUAGACGCGUGGGAACAACACCUGCAGGCCAGGCGUACACGUAUACACAUGACGCUCGCAGGCGCAUAAACGCGCAACAGACCGCACACGUUCGUGCACCACGCUUCGUACACACAUUUACGGCUCGGUUCGCUCUCUCUCUCCCCCUCUCUCUUUUUCUCUCUCUCGCCUUUACGCUGCCACGAUUCCCUUGCAGCGGCAACGUGUGACAGGUGCAACGGCGGCGGCGACGUCGUUGUAGGGUAGCCGGAGGUGGCGCUAUCGGAGAACCGCAGCAGGAAGCGGAAGAAGAAGUGAGCGAGGUCGGCGCCGCGAAAAGACGCGAAAAAGAAGAGGUAGAAGAAACAAGGAAGGGACAGACGGAAGGGGAGAAGAAAGAGGAGGAAGAAAGGGGGAAGCCGGCCAGGAGAGAGAGAGAGAGAGAAGAAAGACCGGGUCAGGGAAGGAGAGAAGGCGUGGAGGAGAAAGAGGAGAAAGAGGAGGAGGAGGCGGCCGCGGCCCCCGUGCUUUUUCACGAAGGGAAGGUUAUUUUCUAGUGAUACGUCCUGGAGGCGCCCGUCGUCUUCGCCGGUACAACCAUAACGCCGCCCGCUUUAAAACGACCGAGACGGGACACGGUGGACUCAUCGCCGCCACCCGCUCGUACUGCAGCCCCCGGCAACCCCGGACCGUCCGGCAAACUCGCCUGCAUCAUGGAUGCGCCGCUAUCGCAGAGCAUGGACUCCGUUAACACGGUGGCCACCGGCGAAGAUGAGGUGCGCACCUUGUUCGUGAGCGGCUUGCCGAUGGACACCAAGCCGAGGGAGCUCUAUCUACUCUUCAGAGCGUACGAGGGGUAUGAAGGGUCGCUACUAAAAGUCACGAGUAAAAAUGGAAAAACAGCAUCGCCGGUGGGAUUCGUGACUUUUCACACGAGGGCAGGCGCGGAGGCGGCGAAGCAGGAUUUGCAGCAGGGGGUUAGAUUCGAUCCUGAUAUGCCACAAACCAUACGUUUGGAAUUUGCAAAAAGUAACACAAAGGUUAGCAAACCCAAGCAACCAGCCGCUGCAGCAGCCACCUCGCACCCCGCUCUGAUGCACCCUUUAACGGGACACCUAGGGAGUCCGUUCUUCCCCGGUGGUCCUGAAUUGUGGCAUCAUCCAUUGGCGUAUUCUACAGCCGGCGAAUUACCGGGCACGCUGCAACAUGCGACGCUGGUGCAUCCGGCGUUACAUCCUCAGGUCCCCGCGCCUAUGUCUCUGCCGCAUCCUACAACGCUGACGUCGAUACACGCGUCGCUGCCUCAUUUUCUACCGUCGCCAGCACUGGCGUCACCGGUCGGGUCACCCUCGUCGCAGCCGAACAUAGCUGUCAGCAAUGCGCAGUGCUCCACCCUCUUCGUGGCAAACCUGGGCCAGUUUGUGUCCGAGCAUGAACUAAAGGACAUAUUCAGCAGUUUUCCUGGUUUCUCCCGGCUUCGUAUGCACACGAAGGGAGGGUCGCCAGUGGCCUUUGUCGAAUACCAAGACGUUCGCUACGCGGCCCAGGCGAUGGCCACUCUCCAAGGGUCCUUUCUCCUCUCCUCCGACCGGGGAGCGAUACGAAUCGAAUAUGCAAAGUCAAAAAUGGCCGAGGUGGGCUUUACAAAUCUCUGGAUCGAAGGAUCAAAGAGACAAGAAAACGGCCAACCUUAAGAUCGAUAUCAACGGUAUGUAAAGAGGGAGAGGAUCAGCUGGUAUGAGAAGAUGGCCAGGUGCGCUCUCGCCGGAUAGGACAUCAAUCAGAAAAUGAAACAUGUGGAAGAACCACGCAAGAAGACUCGAAUGGUCGACAUAUCGGCGGGAAAUCGCGAGGAAACAUCGCAAAUGCGGGAGCACAUAAACAUACGAACACACAUAAGAAAAAAAGAGAAAAAGAGGAGAGACGUAGAAAUUGUAGGUAGAUGAGCGAAAAAUUUUCGAUCGUUCUUCUAUCGAAAGGGAUACAGCAAACAUAUCGGUAGGCAAAUUCUUGUAAAUUUUUCAACAUUGCAGAACGAGGCGUGUUGGUUCGCGCGACUCUAGCGGGGGCCCAAUAUAAUCACGUAAUAUUCCUAGGUAUAUAUAUUUUUUAACGAACUUAACUUAUCGAUUCGCGUACCUACCUUUUCCUACUAUUUAUUUUCACCGUAUCUUUGAUCGCGAUCGAACGACGACGAAGUGAGAGAAAAAGAUGGGAUGGUACCAGAGGGAUCGAAGAGAAAAAAGCAAAAGAGCGAAGCAAUACGAAGCAAGGAAGUGGAUUUCAUUUCUUGUAUACAUAUGUAAAGAGAGAAGGCACUCUUCGACACUCACGCUUAUAUUGCGAUGUUUGUUUACACACAUAUACACAUAUACAUGCGAUCGUAGAAAUUUUUUCAGAAACUCUAAAGCGACACGAUGCAAUUUUACGAUACAUCCGCAAUGUAUCAUAACAAUUCGAUGAUAAUUUACUGUUUCGAAGAAAAAAUGUCUACAAAAAUUUGCUAAAUAAAUACAUAUCGAACUCGAGCUUUUUAAAUUAUGCAUGCCAUCGAAGAAGUAAUUUUAUAAAACUCGAAUAAAAGAAAUUGGCUCAAUGAUUGACGCGGAUUAGCUCAAUGCAAAUCUUAAUGGCGGCUCCAACACAAAAUUGCACAUUCUACAUACUAAAA